GAAGAGUGUGCCAUAGAUACCACUUCUCCCGCUACGUACCCAAUUCAAGAAACAAUUUUUUUACAAUAUACUGAGCAAAAUAAAAAGCCACUCUCUUUUCUCGUGCGUUUGGCUAGCACAAGCAUCGGGUUUUUGGGAAUUGUAAAUCAGCUAUUUAGUUAUAUCAGUGUGUUCAACAUGACAACAUCUAGAAAUAUCAUUCAACUCGGUUUAAUUGUACUGCUUGUGGGUUUGGUAGCAUCACAAGAAGAAGCAACAACAAAACGAUCAAGCUUUUUGCAUCGCAAACCAAGCAGGAACUAUCGCACCAAAGCCCCACAGAAACCCACAAGACCCACACCAGCAGCUAUUUCAGAGGACGAUGACGAAGAAUAUCACACAUCACCACAAUGCCCCGAGCCAGAUGGUUUCUUCGCCGAUUCAGAGCAAUGUGAUAAAUAUUACGCUUGCAGCGAUGGACAGAUGACUGAAAAACUUUGCCCUGAUGGCAUGGUGUUCAACGAUUACAGUUCGGAUCAAGAGAAAUGCGAUUUACCAUACAACCUCGAUUGUUCGAAACGUCCAAAAUUACAGGAACCAAAGCCAUCUUUGAAUUGCCCUCGUCGGAAUGGAUAUUUUGCUCAUAAAGGAUCAUGCGACAAAUUCUACUAUUGCGUCGAUGGAAUGUACAAUAUGAUCGUAUGCCCAGCUGGCUUGGUCUUCAACCCACGUACAGGUAUUUGCACGUGGCCAGACGAAGCACAGAAGAAAGGUUGUUCUUCAGAAGAACUGUUCAAAUUCAUAUGUCCAAAAGUCGAUGAAGGAACAGCGGCAACGCAUCCUCGGUAUGCUGAUCCAGAAGAUUGCCAAUAUUUCUAUGUGUGUAUUAAUGGCGAGCAACCAAGACGAAAUGGAUGCAAACUUGGCCAAGCAUUCGACGAUGUCUCGAAGCGUUGUGAAUGGGCGCGUAAAAUCCCUGAAUGCGCCGAUUGGUAUAAGGAUAUAUUGACUGAUAAACAAUUGGACGAACUGGAAAAUCCACCAACCACUGAAAAACCCAUAGCUAAAAAGGUUUCAUCACGACGAAAACAUCCAAAAUUGCGUCAACGGCAACAAGAUGAACAAGAAGCCGAACGAUUAGCCGAAGAAGUUGUCGAACAAUCCGAAGACUAAACUCAACGAAACAAUAGCAAAUUAAAUGAUUCGAUAAGUUGUGUGUUUUAAGAGAUUAUUUCAAUUUUUGUAUAGUUUUCGAAUCGAUAAAACUAUUGAAUACGAAAUAAAAAUAUUUUCAUUUCACCAAA